AUGUUUGACUCUCACCUGGUCCAGUAUUACUGCUGUAAGAGGGAGGAGUCUGAGAAGGGGGAAGAGGAGGAACCUGAGCUCGCCACCAUGUCGCCGUCUCGCCCCCUGGCUCUGUCGGCUCCUCCUACGCCUCCGACGCCAGAGCAAUACAGUGACGAGCCCGAGAUGUACCCUCCCACUUUCCUCACUGAAGCCAACGGCCCCGUCAGCUACUCACCUCCGCCUCCGCCGCCACGCAGGUGCUAUCGCUCGCAUGCCUUCUGCCCUUCCUGUGCCCGCUGCUCACUACCCUUCUACUUGCAGCACCCAGAGAGGCUGUGCAAUGGCGGUCGCAGGAUCAGCUACAGGACUGUGCAGCAGCAGGACAUGGAGUUGCCCAUGGACUUGGCCAGCUUCUACCAGAAGCUGAACCUCAUCCGCCAGGUCACCAUGAAGGAAGUAGUCACCCACAGCGUCAGCACCGACGUUUAG